AUUCUACGUAUAAUUGAUCCAAUUCAUACGGCGUGUGCUGCUUAAACCCCCCUUCGCUUUGGUACGUCUCGUCGGAUAUAAGAGUAAAAUUUUCUAAAAUUUCGCGUGCACUUCGUACAAUCGUACGACGACGUUUAAUAGUUGUUUUCAUUGACGGUUAUUAUCAAAAAAAUAUAAUGUCUGGACGCGGCAAAGGUGGCAAAGUUAAGGGGAAGGCAAAGUCUCGUUCGAAUCGUGCCGGUCUCCAGUUCCCGGUAGGUCGUAUACACAGAUUGCUGCGUAAGGGCAAUUACGCGGAGCGUGUCGGUGCCGGUGCUCCCGUCUAUCUCGCUGCGGUUAUGGAAUAUCUCGCUGCUGAAGUUCUCGAGUUGGCCGGCAAUGCGGCUCGCGACAACAAGAAGACAAGAAUCAUUCCCCGACAUCUGCAGCUCGCCAUCCGCAACGACGAAGAAUUGAACAAACUUCUAUCCGGAGUGACCAUCGCGCAGGGCGGUGUGCUACCUAAUAUUCAGGCAGUCCUCUUGCCCAAGAAGACCGAGAAGAAGGCUUAAGAUGGUGAACAAAGAAAACUAGCGGCGGCGCGACCUAUUAUACCACCAAUGAAGAAAGGAAGAAAGAUUAUGCGUGAUGUGUGUUUUCUACGCACACGUAUCAUAUCUAUGCUUUCCUUUUAUUUAAUUGAUGACUAAAAGGCCCUUUUGAGGGCCGCAAAUAUAUUCGAUGCAACGCUAAUUGCAGUUUCUUGUUACGAUGGAUUAAUGAACGUCUUAUAAAUUGAUAAUACAUAAUUAUAAUAUUUCAUAU